GGCAACCGUAGGCAUUUCUACCGUGUCUCCAACAAGGUUGGCAAAAGCGGGGUCCCAAAGGAGGAGUCGUUGGCUCCCGCCGCCGCCGGGAAGCCAGUGGCCAUCGUCGCGCUCGUCCCAGAUCCGGCAACCCAAGGCACGUACUCUUGCCCUCCCAUCGAUCCUCUUCCAGAUCUGGUACCUACACGGUGGUUCCGGUGCCUGCAGGGUGCUACCGGCGGCAAACAGGAGGCGGCCCUGCAGGGUCGUACGCCGGUGACCCACGGUCUUCUGGCGGCCUGAUGCUGAGGACGCCGUGAAAUUGCAAGGUAAACUAAAAGCGUGCAUUGUUGCCUACAUUCAGUGGACCAAAGAUUUUAGCUGCAUUUUGAUAUCUGGGAGUUUUAUUAUUGGCCGUGAAGGGCCUGGACCUCCGUGGUGCUGUGUUGUCAUGGCUUGGAGAUACAUAAAAAUGGCGAUGUGCGGAACGGUUGCAGCAAGGCGUCGAGAAGAGGAAGACUUGCAUGCCGCUGCCAUUGUAGCAUGCAUGGAUUUUGGUAGUAAACGGCGGUGGGGAGGAUCUGUACCCAGGCAUGAGGUCAAGAAGCGAAAAAGGGAUGAGAUAAACGAGCAAAUCAUGGGAAAUUACUUCAACGACCCACCCUUGUAUGGCGAUGGUUUGUUUCGGCGAAGAUUUCGGAUGCGUAAAUCCCUAUUUCUUCGCAUUGUCGACGAAGUGUCAGCUAGGAACAGUUAUUUCAUCCAGAAGAGGAAUGCUUCAGGGGACAAAAGUUUUACACCAAUUCACAAAUGUUUAGUUGCCAUGAGAAUGUUGGCCUAUGGGGGCAGUGCUGAUGGUUUAGAUGACACCUACGCAAUGGCAGAGACCACUGUCAUCGACACCCUUUUUGAAUUUGUGGAGACCGUUAGAGACCUAUAUGAGAAAGAAUACUUGAGGCCACCUAGGGCUAGGGAGCUGGAAGUAAUUCUUAGGCAAAAUGAGGCUAGAGGUUUUCCAGGCAUGAUCGGAAGUAUAGACUGCAUGCAUUGGCAAUGGGAGAACUGUCCAUCAUCUUGGGCUGGUAUGUACAAAGGACAUAAGGGCAAACCAAUGGUUAUCCUUGAGGCAGUAGCUACUCAAGAUCUGAGGAUUUGGCAUGCAUUUUUUGGACUCCUAGGGUCUCACAAUGAUAUAAAUGUUCUACAACGUUCUCCUGUAUUUGAUGAGCUUGCAUCAGGGAGGACACCUGAAGUUGAGUAUUGGGUAAAUGGAAACCCAUACACUAUGGGAUACUACUUGGCUGACAAGAUUUAUCCAAAUUGGGCAACUUUUGUGAAGACGGUGAGUGCUCCAGCAAGCAUGAAGCACAAGAGUAAGGAAACGUCCACACAGCUGCAGCAGGACCUCAUUGAACACAUCUGGGGUCUUUACGGUGCUUCAACUGGACCGUUUGCAACAAGGUAG